CGCCUGAGGUUCCUCUAUGGUCCGACACAAGAAGUGCGAUCCGCUCCUUCUGAGAACCACAUUGACACACUGCCCCCAGCGUCUGGUAGCCGCCACUACACCACGUGCACCGCAUUACCUGCUACGCGGCGGAAUGAUCUGUGAGUCACGUUGCAACCGAGGCGGAGUAAUCUACGCUGGGAGGAGGACCGCUGAGUGUGGCCGCGCUGUUGAAGUUUGGAAAGCUAAAAAUGGACAAAGACCGGAUCUUGGAACGACUGAAAAAAGAUCUACGCUCCUUGCUGAUUGCCUCCAAAGGAGGGCUGACCAUCCAAGAGCUUGAACAUGAUUACCGCAUGUUAAUUGGUUCGCCUCUCCCAGUCAAGUCUCUAGACUAUAGAUCAACCAUGGAGCUGGUUCAUGAUAUGCCAGAUGUUGUAACAGUUCAGUCUAAAGCUGAUGGCACAGUAAUAUUGAUUGGUGUGGUUAAUGAAGAAACUAAAGGUGUUGCAGAACUGGUAUCCAGACAGAAGACCAGUAGGAGAUCUAUAAGUAGGCGACGUAUCACAAUACCUCGUUACCAUGUGGACCUGGUGAGACGUGGCAGAAUAGCUCCGGUUCUUCCAGCAUCACUAAAGAGUGACCUACGAGAUCUGCUCUCUAUCUCUCCGUUGCUGGUCUCCAAGCUAGAAACUGCCUUCUAUAACCGUUUUGGGCGCAGUUUUCAGUAUACUCGCUAUGGAUUCUACUCGUUAUUGGAAGUCCUAAGAUCUGUGUCUGAUAUGGUGGAAGUGACGCAAACUAGAGCUGGGUCAUUGCUGAUGUUGAAGACUCCGUAUAAUCAUGGCACAUUUACUGAUUUCUUUGCAAAGCCAGUUACAAAUUGGUCAUAUAAUCAAGUUACCCCUGCCAAGCCAGCUAAACCUUGCAGGGUUCUUAAAAAUGAAGCACCAUGCUCCAGAAAUAAGACAUCCAUGAAUGUUUCUUUGCCAUCAGCAUCUUCUGCUUCAGUGCCAUCCACUGGCUGCAUGCCAGCACUUUCUGCAACGGCACUAUCCAUUAGCCCCACAUCAGCAUCUUCUGGAACUGCACCAUCCACUGGCCCUACGUCAGCACUCUUUGCAACUUCACCGUCCACGGGCCCCACAUCAGCACCUUCUGCAACUGCAUUGUCCACUGGCCCCAGGCCAGCACCUUCUUACAAUGCAAAUUCCACUGGCACCACACCAGCACCUCCUGAAAAUGCACGCUCCGCACCAAUGCCUUCUGAAAAUGCACAGUCAAGACCAUCACCAUUCAUAACUGUACCUUCCAAUGGCCUCACACCAGCAUCUUCUGCCACCACAUCAUCCGCUGCUCUCACAGUUUUGGAUACGUUGUUUAAGGCAGCCGAGGCUGAAUAUUAUGCCAGAAAAUAUUCUCUUAAAAAUGACACUAGAUCAAAUUUAAACUGUGAAACUGGAGACUCAACAGUGAACUUUAACAGUGUAGAAAUCACUAAAACCCCAUUAUGCUCUUUGCCUCCAGCUAUAAUUCAGGAUACUAAUAACAAUUUACUUGUUCAGCUACCUCCAAAUGUAGAAACUGUCACUGCUGAGGUUAUAAGCUUUGCUGAUGACUUGAAAGUUGAUAUAGUUGAAUCUAGCAUGGAGUGUAACCUCCAGGAACUGGAAGAAGAGCUGGACAGGAACUUGAAACUGUGUUUGUCACAGAAAACAGCAGGCAAUGUCAUCGGCCCUGAGCUGCGACAAGAAAUAAAAACUGUUGUUCACAAAUAUCCAGGACUAUCCAUUUCAAAACUCCCAGUUUUGUACAAGGAAUAUACUGGAAAGAUCCUGCCUUUCAGAGAUCUGGGAUUUAUGUCUGUAUUGGAUCUGGUCGGAUCAUUGGGAGAUACGCUAAAUUUGGAAAGCACGAAGAAUGGAGAUUGGUGUCUCUUUGAUGCUGAAACAGAGUGCAAAGAAAAUGAGACCGGCAAUGUAUCGCUGCUUGUUGAUGACGUUUCCGGAUGGAAUUCAGCUGCAGAAACAUCUGAACUUAUAAAGCCACUGGUGAUCAAAAUUCCUCCAGCUGCAGGAAAUGCAAUGUGGAUACACCAGGAGUUUAAGCUUUCUGACAAGGAACAAGAAAUCCCACCUGAUGCUGUGAGAAAUCAGAAGCUUCACUGUUUGCCAUACAUGAAACGUGGCUUUAUUAUUGGGGUCUUUGUAGAGAAUAUGACUUCUGCCAGUGAGUUCUAUAUUCGUUGCUACAGCAAAGACACAUCUGAGAAGCUGGAGGACCUGAUGAUAGAGAUGAGAAGCUGCUAUUCAAAUGAAAAUAUAUCUGAUCGCUAUGUGGUACCUGACGAUUGUGUAAUUGUUGGUGAAAUCUAUGCUGUCCGUGACGCUGGAGAUGUUUGGUGGUACCGAGUUAUUGUCCAUUCUGUGAUCAGUUCCAAGGAUGUUCAGGUCUACUAUCCUGAUUUUGGCUAUAUGGCAACUGUAAAAAGACAUUGGCUACGAUUCCUCAAGGCUUGCUAUAUGAAACUACCUGCCCAAGCAGUGCCUUCUUCACUAGCUUUCGUGAAACCAGUAGAGGAUCGGUGGUCAAAUGAAGUGAUGAAUAUUUUUGAGCAAUACUGCAGACAUGGUCCUUUAGUGGGCAUUGUUCAACAGUACGUAUUAGGCCGGCUCCAUUUGUAUCUUUGUGAUACCUCAACUGACGAAGAUGUUUAUCUGCACCAGUUACUGUUAAAUCGUGGCCUUGCCAGCAUGGUCCAAGACUCUGAAUACUACCAGGAUUUCCAGAAACGUAACAUGUUUGUUGACUACCUGAUCCAGUCUUCAGAGCAACCACAGGAAGAGUCACAGGAAUCCACACUGCCAAGUGAAGAGAACACAACAGGUUUAAAAAAUGAAGAAUCCAUAAUACAGGUAACAGAAGAGAAAGAACUUGAGAUGCCCUUCUUGGAGGCUAUUCCCUCUGGUGAAGAUGUAUGGGAUGAGAGAUGGUCUUCAUCAGGAAGAACAGUGUCAAUUAAUGACACUUUAAAGCCUUCCAUUAAUAACACAGAUGAUCUUCAGAGUCAGAAUCCUAGCCAACAGACAGGUAAUGGAUGUGCAAACAGCGCUGACACGGAUUGCUUCUCCCACCAUCCCCCAGAGGAAUUUUACAUAUCUUUAAUUAAGACUAGAAAUUCAGUAGAAAAAGCUUCAGUUUCUCUGCCAGACAAAUGUGGCCUAAAUGAAAACUCUGAAAUCUCUUCAACUAAUGGUUAUAUUUCACCCAUAACCCCAGAAGAAGAAAAGCCAGAAAACGAGAACGUAAUAGUAUUUCAAGAACCAUUAAGUGAUGAUAAGGCAACAAAAGGGAACAGCCCGCUUAUAGGAUUUCAGAAGUUACAGAUUCCUAGGCGCUCAACAACAGUAGCUCUUGGCCCGGCAGCUCGCUUGGCUGCCUUUCCUAGCAAUUUGUUGAACUGGCUUUCUACUUCCACCAAGACAUAACUGAUCGAACCUGCAUAGGAUGCAGCUCAGUGCUUCUCAAAAAACAAACGUGCAUGAUUGGCAAUUAGCCAUCACCUGUUUUUGCUUCUUAAGUUGGCUUUUCUUCAUCUUUUUGUGUGUUUAUUUUAUUAUUAUUCUGCACCUUCAGAAAGCAUUUGUCUCUUUAUGUAAAGCUAGUUGUUCCCAUUAGAGAAAGUGCUUAAGUCUUUGGAUAUAAAAAAUAAGAGAGUGCCUAAGACUAAUUGUUCAAUGUACAAUUUUUUCGUUUAUGAAUGUGGAGCAUAUGAUUAGAUCACAUUACUGUGUGCCAUGUCUUCUAUCUAGCUAGAGCAUUCUUCAUUCAGCGCUAGGCAGCAGAAUGGAAAACUUGUGAACAGGUGUAUAUGAAAGGCCUAAAGCAUCACAUACAUAUGAUGUCAGUCAGAUUGUGUGUAUGCUUAUGAAGAGUUAAAGCAAACCAUGCCUUUGUUUGUGCUUUCCCAUCAAACACUAUCUGUGCAUAGAAGUUGUUGUAAGCACUUUAUUGAUCCCUCUCUCAUCUCAUGUCUCAUUAGAUAUCCCCUAGGUAGCAGCUGUGAAAUAUAGUAAAAGUGCAGUUUACUUUCUCUUCCUUCAUCCCUCCUUUCCAAACUAGCUGGAAUUUUAUUUUUUCUAUAUGCGAAGGGAAAAAAUAAUAGGAUGUAAUUGUAUUUAGACAGACAUGGUAAGACUUUGCUUUACCUUCGAAAAGCUGAUUUUCAGUCUGCGUUUCUACAGCUGCUACGUAGGUAUUGCUAUAAUGCUUUUAUAUGAAAGGGAGCAAUGGAAACCUUACAACAGCCUUUGGUACAGGCACUGCUAGAUGGAAAAACAGAAAAAAGAGACACUUUGUAAAGACACUGUCGUCUUGCUCAGUCAGGGUAAGGUGACAAUGUCUGUGUAAAAUCCACUCUUUGACCACUUUAUAUUUACAUAUAUUAUUUACUUAUUACCUUGCAGCACUUCCUCACUUCUCCAUCUGUGGUCGCCACUGCCGAAUACCCGGUACUUCUGGGUAUUGGGGAGCAUGUCGCCUUCUCCAAUGAUUCAGUGCACAGGCCUAGCGGAAGGGGUGAUGUCACUGUUCUUCUGAGCUCUGACACCAGAUAUUUUGAGUGGUGAGUAAAAAGUGGUCAGGGGUAAGCUGUGCACAGACACUGUCACUUUGUCUUUAGCAAGGUGAUCGUUCCUCUAAGUUUAAUUUCUGCUGCGCAGUGCAGUCUGAAGUAAAGCUGUCCAAGAGAUAACAGUUCCAGUAUUUUAUGUUUUAAAUAUAUAUUUUUUUACUAUUCUUCAUCAUAACGGUGCACAGAACUAACCGUGAAAUGAUAUACCCAGAACCAGUCACAAUCCAUCAUGUACUAGUUUUGGUUUAUUAAAGUCAAGUGUGAGUGGUUGCUAUGUUUCUGCAAUUAGCCCUUUGUCCUGUUUAUUGAAUUAACCUGUAAUGUUUAGAAUACAAACAAAAUUUUGUUAGCCUGUUGUAAGAUCGCUUUAAAACUAUUUUGAAGUAAUAAAAAUACACCUGAGAAGACCUA